AUGAAAUUUGGCAACAAUUAUCGAGUUGUACAAAGAAUAAUAUCUCAGGGAAUAUAUGACAUUCUAGUGAAAGGGGACGAAGAGGAAGAGGAAGAAAAAGACAAUGAUGAACCAUACCAAGAUUUUGAAUCAUUUGGUCUUGGAAAUGCAGUGCACAUGGAUGAUCAACCCACAAAAUUAUGCAAAGAAGAGAUGGAAAUGAUAUGUGUUGAUAUUGAUGGCGAAUUGCAUGAGGAGGAACUUGAAGUUGAUGAUAAUAAUAUAGAAGAGGAUGAGACUCACAUGGAUGAUAAAGUCCAUGAUGAUAUGAUUGAUGAUGAUAGCGAUCAUGAAGAUGAAAUUGAUGAAGAUGAUAUGAUUGAUGAUGAUAGCGAUCAUGAAGAUGAAAUUGAUGAAGAUGAUAUGAUUGAUGAUGACAGGAUUGUCAGUAGGCAAUUUGCUCCACAAAAUGUGCCAUCAUGGACUGAUAUUAGCGAAGAGGAUAAAGAAACAUUGAUUGCAUACCUUCAGGAGAAGAUGGACCAACCUCGUGGAGAAGCUUCACGGCCUGGAGCAACCCUGAUGACACAGGAGCAACUUUUUGUUCAAGUCCUUGGGAAGAGGUCAGGGUAUUUGAAAGGUUUCGGGGUUGGUCCAAAGUCGUCUUCUGCUUUCAAGUCUACAGCCAGGUCACAAGCGUAUGAUGAAGAGGUUAAGGGCCUUAAAGAAGAGGUGAGAUGUGGCAAGAAUAAGUUGAAUUGGGAGAAGUUGAAAGUCAUCCACACUAUUGGCUCGAAGGCCUUCAGAAAAGUGCAAUUUGACGAGCGAGACUGUGCCACUGGAGAGGAACUUAGACUUGUUGAGUUAUAUAAAAAGACGCAUUUUAGUGAGAAAAAAGAGUACAAGCUUGAAAAGCGGCAUGACAAAGCUAUUGAAGAUGGAUCUGGCCCGUUAUCCGAUGAGCAACUUUCUAUUGAGAUUGAGAAUUAG